CCUAAUUAAAUCUUUUGGGUGGGUCUCCUUACCGCCCCCUCUCUCUUCUCUCGAGAGGUCCCAGAGCCAUUACCAAUGGCGGUUAUGAAACCCUAGUACCAACAUUGUUCUAUCGUUUGCUCUCAAGCCAUCAGUUUAUCUAAUGCAUUAUUUCUUGUUUUCCGAAACGUAAGGAUUGAAAAUCUGAAUUUACUCCUCGAACCUUGGAACUUCUCGAAUCUGCAAAGCCCACUUAUCGUUCGUUCGUCGAAUGUGAGUUUGUUCAGUUUUUUGCAGGUCUUUCUUAAUUCUUCCUGGAUUUGAAUGACUCUCCAAUGCAAUAUUCCUGUUGGAGACAGUUUUUGAAACCCUAGAUAUUUCUGGAUUUAGGUUUCGAUUUUUGUUUUUGUUGAAUACUUCAAUGGAACCUACGGUAGUAAGAUCGAGGGGUCGACCGAGGAAAAGGAGAAACAAUGACCUUCAAGACGGUAAUGAUGAUGCAAAUUCGGCUCUUGAAUCGUGCAAGCGGACUCUUGUAUCGCGCCCCGUGGCCUUAGUGGGACGAUAUCUGCUGAAAGAGUUCAAGGGCAGUGGAAAGUUUCUUGGAAAAGUAGUAUAUUACGAGGAAGGACUAUACAGAGUAGUCUACGAGGAUGGCGACAGUGAGGAUUUAGAGAGUGGGGAAAUUCGGGGGUUGCUAAUUGGCGAUCCUUAUUUUGACAAUGGGUUGAGUAAGAGAAAGAAGCGUUUGGAUGACUUAGCAGUUAGGUUUAAUGCGAAGAGGACAAAGGUGACGGGGAAGAACAUGACGAAAACCACUGAAAAAUUGAAUUCUGUUGCAUCUGCACCGAGCAAGUUAAGGUGUGAGCAUAUAAUUGAAAAUGAUGCUGGAGAAGUAGAAGCUGUCGUCGAUUCUUCCAGUGAUUCACUCCAGUCCGUUCGGGACUGGGAUUGUGAAUUUGAAGAUGAAAAUCUGCUUAUCCCAGCACCAGAGUUUCCGCCAUCCUCUGGAACCAUUGGGGUCCAAGAAGAGCACGUUUCACAUCUUUUAUCAGUCUAUGGUUUCCUACGCUCAUUUAGUUCUCGCUUAUUCCUGUUUCCAUUCAGUUUGGAUGAUUUUGUGGGAUCACUUAAUUGUGAUGUAGCUAACACAUUGUUGGACUCCAUUCAUGUUGCUCUGAUGCGUGCCUUACGCCGGCAUCUGGAAGGUCUUUCUUCAGAUGGCUUAGAAAUCGCGUCCAAAUGCUUAAGGCACUUUAAUUGGAACUUACUAGAUUCUCUUACUUGGCCUGUUUAUUUGGUCCAAUAUCUAAUUGUUAUGGGACAUGCAAAAGGGCUGGAAUGGAAUGGAUUUUACAAGCAUGCUUUAGGCAAUGAAUAUUACUCCAUUCCUGCUGGUCGAAAGCUUAUGGUUCUACAAAUUCUUUGUGAUGAAAUAUUGGUGUCUGGAGAGCUUAGAGCAGAAAUUGACACGCGUGAGGUAUCCGAAGUUGGACUGGAUUAUGAUGCUGGAGCUACAUGUCUGUCUGAAAAUGGGCCUAGGAGGGUUCAUCCCAGAUACCCCAAAACUUCUGCUUGCAAGGAUGGGAAAGCUAUGGAGAUUAUUGUAGAGAAUAAUGAGGCGAAGUCUUAUACAGACCAAAAUUUUUUGGGUUUAAAAGGUGGUACUAAUGGUGACUUGGAUGCCACUGCUGUUGAUGCGAACAGAAACAGUGAUGAGUGUCGACUCUGUGAGAUGGAUGGGAGUUUGCUAUGUUGUGAUGGGUGCCCAUCAGCAUACCAUUUGAGAUGUAUAGGCAUGGUGAAGAUACUUAUACCUCAAGGGCCAUGGUAUUGUCCCGAAUGCAGUAUAGAUAAGAGAGAAACAACUAUAACAAAGGGAUCAUCACUCAGAGGAGCAGAAGUUUUUGGCACUGAUCCACAUGGGCACAUUUUCUUGGGUAGUUGCAACCACUUGGUGGUGCUCAAGACUUCUAUCAACUCUGAACCAUGUCUCAAAUAUUAUAAUCAAAAUGACAUUCUAAAUGUACUUCAUGUUCUUUGUUCUUCCUCCCAAUAUAUUGCUACAUACUAUGGCAUCUGUAAGGCCAUUAUGCAAUAUUGGGACAUCCCAGAAAAUCUCCUAAUUCUUCCUGAAACAAGUGGAAUUGAUAUACUUCCUGCAAAUCUGAGGAAAGAUGCCAGCUUCUAUGCUGGAUCACGUUCUUCUGGUGAAGAAGAACAUAAGGAGCUUGAUGUGGUUGAGAAUGGAAAAAACUUGGCUACAUGCAAAAGUGAAGAAGGCACCUUGCACGUGGAAAUUUCAAGGAACCCGCUUGCAAUUCCAACUAAUUAUGGAACAAUGUCAGCUGAGUAUGUAGGAAAAAACGUGCUAAGAAAUGGCAUUAAUGUGGACUCUCUUUCUUCUAAUUGUUCAAUUAGCAGGCCAGAGAAUUCAACUGACUUAGCUUGCCUAGAUAUGGUUGGUAUUUCCAGCACAACAGGCAUUUCAAGUACUUCAGCAAACAAAAUUUUUAGUCAUACUGGGAGUGCCAAUGCCUCAAUUUCAUUGAAUCUGUCUCAUCAAAGCCAAAAUGGUCUUUUGGGUCACGGAAGUGUGAAGGGUGAUGUCAAGUCGGCUAUUAGUUAUGUUUAUAUGGGCUCCCAAUAUAAGCCUCAGGCAUAUGUGAAUCACUAUGUCCACGGUGAAUUUGCUGCAUUAGCUGCUCAUAAACUGGAUGUUCUGUCAUCAGAAGAAACUCGGGUUUUUGGAACUCAGGCAUCUGAUAGUAAGAGAAAUAGUUCUGCUUCUUCACAUGCUUUAUUGCAAGCAAAGGCAUUUUCAUUAACAGCCUCACGCUUCUUCUUGCCGAUACUUGACAAGAAGCUUGUGGAGGUACCAAGGGAGAGGUGCGGUUGGUGUCUGUCAUGCAGAGCCUCUGUCUUAAGCAAGAAAUGUUUGUUGAAUCAUGCUUCAUUGACUGCUACCAGAAGUGCUAUGAAAAUCCUUUCUAGCCUCUGCCUUGGGAAGAAUGGAGAAGGAAAUCUAUCUUGCAUAGCAGUGUACAUCCUGUAUAUGGAGGAAAGUUUAAGGGGUCUUGUUGGUGGUCCAUUCUCGUAUGCAAGUUAUAGAAAAAAAUGGCGUCAUCAAUUAGAAUCAGCUUCAAGUUGCAGUUUAAUCAAAUUUCUCUUGCUUGAACUUGAAGAAAACAUUCCCAGUAUUGCUCUUUCUGGUAACUGGUUUAAGCCGGUAGAUGAUUGGUUUUUAGAAACUUCUAAGAUUCAAAAUGUUCCGAGUACUGUUGGUUCAACAGUUCGCAAACGUGGACCUGGGAGGAGAGGUAGUAAACAGUCUGUAUCUGAAGUUCCUUCUCAUGAUCGUCGUGAUGCCAAUUUUUUAUGGUUUCGAGGAGGGCUAUCAAAACUCAUAUUCCAGAGAGCAGCAUUGCCUCGAUUUGUUGUUGCUAAAGCAGCUCGCCAAGGUGGCUCAAAGAAGAUUUCUAGUAUAUAUUACACUGAUGGUUCCAAGAUUCCUAGAAGGAGCAGACAGCUUGUGUGGAGAGCUGCUGUUGAAGCGAGUAAGAAUGUAUCACAACUUGCUCUUCAGGUGAGGAUCCUGGACUUUCAUUUGAGAUGGAAUGAUCUAGUUCGUCCGGAACAAACCCCUCAGGACAUGAAAGGUCAAGAUAUUGAAGCUUCUGUCUUCCGAAAUGCUAGUAUUAGUGACAAGAGAGUUGUGGAAAAUAAGAUUACGUAUGGAGUUGCAUUUGGGAGUCAAAAACAUCUUCCUUCUCGUGUUAUGAAGAACGUCAUUGAAAUAGAACAGAAGCAAGAUGGAAGAGUUGCAUAUUGGUUUUCGGAAAAUUGCAUCCCUUUAUACCUGGUCAAAGAGCACGGGGAAGGUUCUUUUCAAGUUAAUUUGUCAUCACCCGAGGUAUACCAAAAUCUUCGAUACCAAUCACGAAGAAGGGUGGUGAAAUCCUACCAGAGAGAGAUAUUUUUCUAUCUCACAUGUAGACGAGACAAUAUGGGCUUGUUAUCAUGUUCAUCGUGUCAAAUGGAAGUUCUUAUUAGGAAUGCAGUGAACUGCAGCUCUUGCCGAGGCUAUUGCCACGUCAAUUGUACCGUGAGAUUAACAAUUUCUGCCACCAAGGAUGUUGCAUGCCCAAUCACAUGCAAGCUGUGUUGCCAUCUCAAAUCUCUUAAUCAUAGUGGAAACAGUACUGAAUCACCAACCAGUCCAUUACCCUUGCAAGGCAUAGAACAUCGGAGUUCGUCAACUGCAUGCAAGAGUGUAAGGCCUAAAGGCUCCAAUCAGCCAUCAGCCACUUCACACAAGCUGGACACUCUAUCUGCGAAGAAACAAGCUACUCCUGUAUCUAGUUCGGCUCUUCGGAGCCGGCUGAGGAAUUCUUCCUGGGGUAUUAUAUGGAAGAAGAAGAGCGGUGAAGACACGGGUGCUGAUUUCAGGCACAAUUAUCUUCUUUUAAAGGGCGGCCAGGAAUUGCAUCAUGUGGAACCCGUAUGCCACUUAUGUAGCAAGCCUUAUAGGUCCGAUUUAAUGUACAUCUGCUGCGAGACUUGUAGAAAUUGGUACCACGCAGAAGCUGUUGCACUUGAUGAAUCAAAAAUCUUUGAUGUGGUGGGCUACAAGUGUUGUAGGUGUCGUCGGAUUAAAUCACCCGAUUGUCCUUACAUGUAUUUGAAACCUGAGAAACAAGAGGCGGGCAAGAAAACACGUGCAAAGUUGUCGAAGCAGGAAAAUUCAGGAGUGGUCUGUGAUGAUUUGACCAUUUUUAAGAAGCUUGAGACGAGUAGUUCUUUGUUGACCGAGGAAGAAGAUCCUUCCAUUUUCUCUCUUUCAAGAGUUGAUCUAAUUACUGAACCCAAUUCUGGAUUAGAUGACUGGAACCCAGGAGCAUCUGGACAGCCAGCACCACAAAAGCUACCUGUUAGGAGGCAGGCAAAACAGGAAGAUGAUGUCGAUGGUUUUUCCGAGAGUUCUUUACCCCAUUUUCUACCGCAUGACGCACUCUUGAAGCCAAUAGAGAAAUUUUCAACCUUCUCGAAAUGGGACAAUGCUGCUCAUGGUCCGGACGAGGCGGCAGCGUUGGACUUGGACAGUCUUAAUUUUGAGGACAUGGAUUUUGAACCUCAGACCUACUUCUCUUUUACAGAAUUACUAGCACCCAACGGUGGUGCAGAGUUUGGAGGAAUAGAUCCAUCUCGAGAUGCCUCAGCAGUUAUGGGCAAUUCCUUUUCAAUUGUAGAUCCUGAUAUCCUCAAUCACGGUUCUAAUGAGAAACAAGAACCCAUGGUACCUAUACCUACUGUGAACUGUCAAAUCUGUACAAAUUCAGACCCGGUCCCCAAUCUCCUUUGCCAAGUAUGUGGACUACAAAUACACGGUCAUUGUUCGCCCUGGGACAAUGCAUUGACUAUUGAGGAGAAAUGGUCUUGUGGCCGUUGCCGGGAGUGGCAGUAACUAGUUCGUCAUCUUUAGAGUUUUUUGUGUUGUUUUGUCGCUUCUGGUUCUGGGGUUCCAUCGGGCAAGUAGCUGCCAAUCGAACAAGCUAUCUAACAACAAAGAAGCAAUGCUUGUAAAUCAACGUAAAUACUUAGGACCUAUUCUUGUUGAGCCAGACUGUUGAAGAUUCUCCAGUACGCUGGCUGCCAUGCCGAGGCUGUUCAUGGAAGUUUUGUGUUGACAGAUGACGGUUACAUGGCUUGACGUUGAGCUUUAACAUUCUCUACCAGUUCUAUGUCCCAUUUUUCAAAUUUCCCAUGUCUUUUAGUUAUCUAACCAAUUUUCUUCCUCGGCUAAUUUUUUUGGAAUACCUGAAUCAGCUUAUUAUUUAUCUGGUGAGAUAAGCACGAUUUUAUGUGCUUUAUCUGAUUGAAUUGCCUGUACAAAUUGUGAUGGCCGACCGCUGUCACUUUCAAAUUCAAGGAUUGCUAAUGCCAAAAGCUUUCAUUCUUAA